GGAGCACAACGUGAUGGUUCAGAGCCAAUGGAUUUCCGUUGCGUUCAGUAAGAAAUUCCAAUCUCGUUUUAUUAUUUCCCCGUUUUGUUACCAAAACAGCUACGUGGAUUAAAAUGGCAUUAAGAAACUACAGUUGGUUGUUACAAGUAUUUAAAUAUACCUUGGGUAAUAGUACAAAUGUAUUGUCAAGGGUCAGGGAUAACUUGCCGGUAUGCUCUAAACACUGCAUUCGUCUCAAGUCGGCAGGGGCUGCUGACAGGUCGCUGCAGGAGAGGCAGCGGCAGCACAUGGCGAGAGGCUUACCCAAACAGAAGCCGAUCGCAGGAGUCAAGCAGGUCAUCGUCGUUGCAUCGGGAAAGGGCGGAGUGGGGAAGUCCACCACUGCAGUGAACCUGGCUCUGGGACUUUCUGCCAAUAAUACGAGUAAAACAGUGGGGCUCCUGGAUGCUGAUGUCUAUGGGCCUUCAGUUCCCAAACUGAUGAACUUGAAGGGGAACCCUGAGCUCACUGAGAAAAACCUCAUGAGGCCGCUGGUGAAUUUUGGGAUACCAUGCAUGUCCAUGGGCUUCCUGGUGGAGGAGACAGCACCCAUUGUCUGGCGAGGGCUGAUGGUGAUGUCUGCCAUAGAGAAGCUGCUGAGGCAGGUUGACUGGGGUCGCCUGGAUUACCUGGUCGUCGACAUGCCACCCGGGACCGGAGACGUACAGCUGUCCAUCACACAGAACAUCCCAAUCGCAGGUGCUGUGAUCGUGUCCACUCCCCAAGACAUUGCUCUGCUGGAUGCCCGCAGAGGGGCUGAGAUGUUCCGCAAGGUCAAUGUGCCGGUCCUUGGACUGGUGCAGAACAUGAGUGUGUUCCAGUGCCCUAAGUGCCACCACCAGACCCAUAUAUUUGGGGCAGAUGGGGCAAGAAACCUGGCUCAGACUCUGGGAGUGGAAAUUUUGGGGGACGUCCCACUGCACAUGAGCAUUAGAGAGAUGUCGGACAGGGGGCAGCCUGUGGUGGUGUCCUCGCCAGAUAGCCCAGAGGCUGAGGCCUACAGAAAUGUGGCAUCUGCUGUGGUUCGGCAACUGGCAGCCCUCACUGAUUGACAGCGGGAGAGGAGGAGACCUGGCACUCCCAACAUUCUGAAACAACAGAUGCCACCCUGUCCGUCACCAGCUACAAGUGGUAAUAGUACAUCUUCAGUUAAGUAGAUUUUGACAUAAAUAUCCAUCAAUUAAGAUAUAAACAUGUAAUAACCACCGUUAUUCUUUUAAUGAAGACACUGAAGGCCACUGCAUCAAUGUCCUCUGACUCGCACAGCACACCAGAUUGAAUGACUGUAUUGACAUUUUUUUCGGUAAAUGACAUCGGGUGAUCUACCCAAGUGCCCAUGCCAAACUUUGCUUGAGACAGAAAGGGCUGAUGGGAAGUCUUCACUCUCGGAACCAUGUUUCGGAAUGUUUCAGAACCAUCCUGUAAGCAUGAAGUGGCCGAGUGGAUGGUGUGGGCUGCUCACCAUGUCAUAUUCCAGGACUUAUAGUAUAAUGUGAAAGGAUCGGGUGUCAGAAGCAGUUGGUCUUUGCUUGUGGUGGAUACCCGGAAAGUUCCCAAAGUACAUUGCGUUUGUUGUCCUCGACAUUUUGCUGGGCAGAAGAUUAUUUCAUGAGCUGAAACUGAAAAAAACUCUCCAUCUUAGAUGCAUGGGUCCACUGCUUUGACAAGACUGUGCACUCCCUGACACUUCCGAGCCCACUCCAGGUCUGGCCAGUGGAGAAUUUCCAUCCCUCAGUCCAGCAUGCCCUGGAGAAGAACCCCAAUCCUGACAUUUCAUAAGCCUCUGUGUCCCUGUGCUCUGGUCAGAUGCUGGGGGCACUGCGCGAUGUUACUAAGGGCUAUGCUGGACUGAAGAGAUAUGUGGAAAAGAUGCAGAGAAAUAAAGUGGUGUGUUUUGUAAAAAAAAAAAAUAAUAAUAAAGUGUAUUUAUAGUGUAAAAAAGUAUUUUGAAGACCAUGAAGUCAGGGGUUGUCUGUUGUUUGUUGUAAGCAUACUCAGAGUGAGAGGGUGAGUUUUGUAAGAUUUAUGGCAUAUAAGCAUCAAAGGGGGGACUGUAAGAUUUUGGCUCAGAUCCCUAAACCAGCUCACUCAGUGUAACAUAAGAGAGCACAGAUCCUCUCACUUAAGGUAUGCAAAUACCUGUAUUCAUUUGUCUAGAUGGCCUUAUUGUAACCACAGUUCUGGUCACAGACGUCAAUUGUCACUGUAACCGCAGCUAGCCAUUGCAGCAGUUGAUACUUCUAAAGAAACCGGUGAUAGGUGAUUGAGAACUGUUCUUGCUAGGGAAGAGUAUCUAAAUACCAGACCCCCUGUAUUUUACCACCUGUAUGCUAAUUAUUGCUAAUCCUGAUCAAAGCUCUGUAUCAGUAUAAAGAAUGCUUUCGCUGAGCGCUUGGGGUUCAGAUUGACUCCGUUGAACCCAGAGUGCGUUUUCACGUAUUUCUGACAACUGCCGUUCCUGUAAAUAAAGACGUCUUU